AUUCUAGCGUGAGGUCAGUAAAAUGGCCUCUUUGGUGAGAUCGCCACUGUGGCCAAUAGAAAAGUAAGUGGACUUAUUCAACUGCCACAUAGGAUAAUACAAUGCAUGUCACUUACCAUGCAUCUCCACAUCUAUUAAAAUUGCAAAUAAGUCCCUACCAUUAAAAUUGUUACAUAAAUUAUCUCAACAUUUAUGUAAAUUACAUCAACAUUAAUAUUGUUUUAUUAAUUAUAAUGAUGUUGUAAAAAUCAAAUUAUCAAAACGCAAAUUAUAAAGAAAAUAUUCAUCUUCUUCAUUCUUCUGUUCAUCAACAUCGUAAUAUCUCACCUCACCACCCAACCUUCGUCCGCCAUUGUUGAAUCAACUGAACUUUUCCAUUCUUAACAACACUGCAUACGAGCUAGCCAUUGAUGUUAUCGCAUUGAAUCUCCGACCAUAAAUAUACAAUCGAGGGCGACAAGUGCGACAUUCAGAUAUGGAACACACCGACGAAUCUGUUGACGUUGAGUCCAGAGACCUUCAUUCCACUAAAGGUACUGAUACGUAUGAUUUAGAAUCGAAUGCCGACGAGGAUGACAGUUAUUCAGGAUCCAGUGGGGAUGAAAGGUCAGAGACUGAAAGUUCAGAGACUGGCGAAGAUGCAUCUGAUAAUAUUGGAGCUGCAGUUCAUAGUGAGGUAAAUUUUGAUUCAAUUACUUCUGAUGAGAUUCGAGCCAUGGAAUUUGCUACUGUUAGUGAAGCUUAUGAAUUUUAUUACCGGUAUGGUAAAUGUAAGGGUUUUGCUAUUAGGAAAGCUUCUAGUAGGAUAAAAGAGUUAGAUGGUAAUAAAGUAACACAAAUGAAGCAGUUUGUUUGCAACAGACAUGGUUUAAGAGAGAAGAAACAUUUAACCAGGUUAGAUAGGAAAGUAGAACAUAGACGUUUGAACCGUACAAAUUGUGAAGCUAGGUUUCGUGUGCAAUACAGAAAACAAAAGGAUAGAUAUGUAGUUACUGCUUUCGUAGAGUGUCAUAACCAUGAAUUAACCCCAGCUAGGUUUGUUCACCUGCACCCUGUUUAUCGUAAAAUAUCUGAAGCAGAUAAGGCUCAGAUUGAUGGUCUUCAAACACGUGGAAUUAGAACUUGUCAUAUAAUGGGGUACAUGAUUGCCCAGAAGGGUGGAUAUGCUAGUGUUGGAUUUACAAAGAAAGAUUUGUACAAUUAUUUUGAUAAAAAAAUGCGUGAGUGUAUUAAAGAUGGUGAUGUUGUCGCUUCUUUAAAUUAUCUUAAUGUAAAGUCGUCUACUGAUCCCAUGCUAUAUGCUGAGUAUGCCGUCGACAAUAGUAAUGGACGAAUGAGGGUGUAA